CUCUGUGUUUUUCUUCAACGGUUUCCACGAUUUUUCCCACUCGUCAACUUCAAAUAAUUGACUCUCAAUUCUCAAACACCACAACCCAACUCCAUUUGAUUUUGGUCACAAACCUUCAAGACGAGGGAGAGCAAGAGAGAAACCUCUUUCUCUCUCAUUCUCAAUACAAUUACAAACAAAAGAACUACUACAAAGAAGAUCAGUACUGGUUCUUGGAUUUUCUUUAUUUCUGAGAUCGUUUGUAGGCCAAGAUGAGGCCCAACUGGGAGCUCAAAAACUGCUGUCACCAUGAACAAGUUGUGUUUCUUGUUACCGUCUCUGUUUGCGCCGUGGUUAUACUUGCGCUGUGGAGGACAAUACUGCUGAGACCAUUUAAGCUUGUGACAGUAUUUCUUCACGAGGCAAGCCAUGCGAUUGCUUGUAAACUUACGUGUGGCGAAGUGGAAGGAAUCCAGGUUCAUGCUGACGAAGGUGGAACCACAACAACACGCGGUGGCAUAUAUUGGUGUAUUUUGCCGGCUGGAUAUCUUGGUUCGUCUUUCUGGGGAAUGUUACUGAUACUAGCAUCCACAAAUCUUCUUACUGCAAGAAUUGCUGCAGGGUGCUUUGUUCUUGCUUUGCUUGUUGUACUUUGUGUAGCUAAAAACUGGACACUUAGAGGACUUUGUAUUGGUUUUGUUGUUUUCCUUGGUGUAAUAUGGGUUCUGCAAGAAACAACAAAAAUCCGCAUACUUCGGUACAUCAUUCUUUUUAUUGGUGUGAUGAACAGCUUGUUUUCUGUAUAUGAUAUAUAUGAUGAUUUAAUAUCACGAAGAGUUCACUCUAGUGACGCCGAGAAAUUUGCAGAAGAGUGUCCUUGCCCAUGUAGUGGUAGUGGAUGGGGCAUCAUUUGGGGAUUAAUAUCUUUUGCAUUUCUCUGCGGAGCCAUGUACCUUGGUCUCGUAAUAUUGUCUUGA